GCUGGGGCCGCCGCUGCUCACAAUCGCGAUCACAGCCCAGCAACUCGGAAACGCAGCCUGCACCCUGGGCUACGCGGUGUGGGAGGGCUUCACGGUCCCGGGAGGGACCGAUUCCAAACUUGCAGGGGGCCGCCGUCCUCCCGGGCCUGGAGAUUGUGAACAGAUUGCAGAUUUACAAUGAUAUGGUGAACCCAAAGGCUGGAACCACAACGAUUUUCUCAGCUCUUCAGUUUGAACGACAGUGAGUUGAGUUGUCUACCAACCCCCAGUAUGGCUAAAAGUGCAGAGGUCAAAUUGGCAAUAUUUGGAAGAGCAGGCGUGGGCAAGUCAGCUCUUGUAGUGAGAUUUCUGACCAAACGGUUCAUCUGGGAAUAUGAUCCCACUCUCGAAUCAACCUACCGCCACCAGGCAACCAUCGACGAUGAAGUUGUCACCAUGGAGAUACUAGACACUGCUGGUCAGGAAGACACCAUUCAGAGGGAAGGACACAUGCGGUGGGGGGAAGGCUUUGUGCUGGUCUAUGACAUUACUGACCGAGGAAGUUUUGAGGAAAUGCUGCCACUUAAAAACAUUCUGGAUGAGAUCAAAAAGCCCAAGAAUGUGACUCUCAUCUUGGUUGGAAACAAAGCUGACUUGGACCACUCCAGACAGGUCAGUACAGAAGAAGGGGAGAAGCUGGCCACAGAACUGGCCUGUGCUUUUUAUGAGUGUUCUGCCUGUACUGGAGAAGGGAACAUCACGGAGAUAUUCUACGAGCUGUGUCGAGAGGUACGUCGCCGGAGGAUGGUCCAGGGCAAGACAAGGCGACGCAGCUCCACCACGCACGUCAAGCAAGCCAUUAACAAGAUGCUCACCAAAAUCAGUAGUUAGGCGGUUCCAUUCUUGCAAAGGCCCUGCUGAGGCGGGUUGGGUGAUUGGAAACACUUUCUUGCCCUUUUCCCUUUUUUUCUCCCUCUCCCCCCUCCCACUAAUAAAAGAAAUACUCCAUUCCUUGUUCUGACUCUGGGAAAUGUCUGGGCUUCCCCUUGUUCCCAGCCUCUUGUAUGUUGAGAAGUUACAGUGUUUUAUGCAAUACAGUGCUGACAAUUACUCCCUUUGCUGCUUGAAUAAAAUGUGCUUUAUUGCAGUUUGAACAUGUAAUCACCAGAGAUUCUGAAAUAGCUGGGUUCAUAUUAAGCUAUUUUUAGGCAUCUUCACUUUGCUUCAGUAGGUUGAAUUCUUUUCAAAGGCACUUUCAAAUUUCAUUUUUCAUCA